UCAUGCUGCUGCCAGGUCCAGAGUGUCUCAUGGGUCCCUGUACGGCCUCCCAUUGCUGCUGUCUCCAUCGCCACACUCUGCCAUGUGCCACUUUCAGGUCUCCUCACACACUGCUGGUGUGUUCAAAUUUUUUGACAUAGGGUGCUGGCAGAUUACGGGCCUCCCAUAGCUGCUGCCAGGCCCCUAAUCUGCCAUGGGCCCCUGUACCGCCUCCUCAUGCUGCUGCCAGGUCCAGAGUGUCUCAUGGGUCACUGUACUACGGCCUCCCAUUGCUUGCUGUCUCCAUCGCCACACUCUGCCAUGUGCCACUUUCAGGUCUCCUCACACACUGCUGGUGUGUUCAUUUUUUUGU